UCGGUACACUGAUACUAUAAAUAGAUAUUAACAUCGUCAAUCUGCACUAUCAUAUUGAUACAACUAAACAAUAUGAAUUCCCUCCUCGCCGUUCUCCUCUUCAUCAGCCUCUCAUACGUCUACGGAACCACUGUUGAUAAAGAGGAUUGUGGGUCUAUGUGUAUGAUGUACUGUCGCUAUGGUAACGUGAUUGACGAAAGGGGAUGUCCCUUAUGUAAAUGUAACCCUGCCCCUCCCAAUGACCAGUGUGAAAAGCCAAUCUGUGACACUGUCUGUUUCCUUGGUUACGUUGAUGGUGAAGACGGUUGUCCGACAUGUGAAUGUAUCAAUCCGCAGUAGAAAAAAGUUGUGCAUGUGAAGGAUGCGAAAUAAUCAAAAACAGUCAAAUGCAUAUGCUGAUAUUUGCAUUUGUAUUAAUUAAUUAUUAAUUAACGAUUUUUUUAAAAUUAAAUUCGUUUACUCAACGGUUUCAAAAGUUAAGUAUUUACAGUCUUAACAGUAUUUAUAUACAAUAAAAUACAACUCAUAAA